ACGACCAUGCACAAAUUACACACCAUGUAGUGAAUGUAUGUCGUUAAUACAUUUUCACCCGUCGGCGGGAUCAUUUUUUGCCGGGGCCUUUCCUUCCCAUUAGAAACAACGGCGGCUCUUGUAGUUUCCAAGAUUAUACCAACUAACGCGGAGGAAGUGCUGAGCAGAAGAAAAAUAUUCCCCGUUGGCUAGUGUUAGAAAUGUAUUUCAUGAUUGGAGUCGAAACACGAAAGAGGAGGAGAAGCAAUUAAGCAUCAGCCGUUUCUUCGGUGGCUCCCUCUUCAGUGUGAGCGCGACCCGCGUCGAGAGCGGAGGCACGGCUACGAAAUGACCGGGGGAUCUACCGAGGCCCACCUGGGCCCCGCGAACAAUGUCCUCAUGUGUCGACAGUGGUGGAAAGUGUGUUGGGUGUAUGGUGAUCAGAGCAAGUACUACCGCCAGUUGUACGGGCGCAGAACAACCCUUCAGACGCUCAACAACCCCGAGGUGCCGCCGAGGAACCCACCUAUCAAUGGACCGCUCAGAAGCCCGAUCCACGCUUUGCCGCCGCUAAACAAAACCUGUCGCAACUGCAAGUGCCCCCGCGAGGACCACGCGUUUCCCAUGGUGCGGGGGGUGCCGGCCCCGCCGCCUCCCCCGUCGCCGUCGCCACCUGCGGCCUCGACGGCACCGCACCCCGCGGCGCCGCCGGCCGUGGCCGCCGACCCACACCGCCACUCGCAGAGCGACGACGACUCCGGCUGCGCCCUCGAGGAGUACACUUGGGUGCCCCCGGGGCUGCGACCCGAUCAGGUGUACCUGUACUUCUCGGCGCUGCCUGAAGACAAGGUGCCGUACGUCAACUCGGUGGGCGAGCGUUACCGCGUACGGCAACUUCUACAACAGCUUCCGCCGCACGACUCUGAGGUGCGAUACUGCCACGGCCUAUCCGAGGAGGAGAAGCGCGAACUGCGGCUCUUCUCGGCGCAGCGCAAGCGGGAAGCGUUAGGUCGGGGCUGUGUGCGCCAAGCGGCCUCCGGCGGCUCCUGCGGAUCGUGCUCGGAGCCUCUGGGUCUCGGCGACAUGUGCGUCACAGCAUCGCGUGCCGGCCCCUCGGUCCAGUGGCACCCCGCAUGUUUCACCUGUUGCGUGUGCAACGAGCUGCUCGUGGACUUGAUAUACUUCUACCGCGAGGGAAAACUCUACUGCGGCCGCCACCACGCAGAGACGCUGAAACCGCGCUGCGCCGCAUGCGACGAGAUCAUCUUAGCCGACGAGUGCACAGAAGCCGAGGGGCGCGCCUGGCACAUGAAGCACUUUGCCUGCUUUGAGUGCGACACACGACUCGGCGGCGAGCGCUACAUCAUGCGGGACGGCCGGCCCUUCUGCCUGCAUUGCUUCGACAAUCUGUUUGCCGAGUAUUGCGACUCGUGCGCCGAGGCGAUCGGCGUGGACCAAGGACAGAUGAGCCAUCAAGGGCAGCACUGGCACGCCACCGAGCGCUGCUUCUGCUGCCAGUCGUGUCACGUGUCGCUGCUCGGCCGGCCCUUCCUGCCCCGCAGAGGCUCGAUCUUCUGCUCAGUGACGUGCUCGAUGGCGCUGUCGCCGUCGCCAGCGAGAAAAGCACCGCUGGCGCCGUGUCUCAAGAAGCCAAAGUCUCCUGCUCUAGCAAUAGAGGAGCCGUCGCCGAGCAUAUCGCCGCCCGACGUUAAUGAAAGACUAGCCCCUGUAGUGCCACAAGGGAUUCUGAGAAAACAGAGGCCCAAAGAAGAGACUGAUUCAUCCUCGCCACCGCCCGUGCCGUCUUCAAGCCCGCCUACGACGCCGCCUCCCCAGUCACCCUCUCGAGUCAGUGAAAUUACCCCAGUCAAUGACAGCCCUCCACCAAAUUGCACAUCGCCCUCGCCGUCCCUACCGCCCCCAAGUCCGUCGCAGAUGAGAUCACCAAAAAUGGGUAGGAGAGCGCUUCAACCGCGAGUGCCUCAGUUGGACCUGCUCGGCGCCACAGCUUUGCCGCAAAGGUGUGAAGUUGCUCUACAGACAGAAGAGUCUGCUCUCUCUCCAUGGACCCCAUCGCCAGCUGGUUUGGAUCGAAUGGUUCUGGAAAGAAACUUUGAGCAGUUCCUCAAAAUGAGUCCCAGUACCUCCAAGCAGCCAAUGCUAAAAGACCUGGACAGGUGGUUGUCUCGAGCGCCUGAGCUGAGUGUUGAGACGCGAGUCGAAGUCCACCACGAAGUCAGUCCGGCGAGGAGAAGCGUCCGCUUCGACGACAGCGUGAAAGAGGAGCCUGAGGAGCGAGAGCGGCCAAGUCGUCCUAGCAGACCCAGUCGACCGCGUCGCUACUCCUCAUCCUGUUCCUCGUCGAGCAGUUCAAGCAGCUCUGAGGAUGAAGCCGACUACAGCUUGCCACCAAGGAGAGCCUAUGGUGGAGUUAGAAUCUCAUACGUCCCAAACGACGCCCUGGCAGUGGCCAGACACAAAAAUACUCCACGCGACGAUAAAAACUGCCUUAUUUCGUGACCAAAAUGUACAAAUGAACUCUAAUAUUAAAAUAUAAGAAAUAUUUUCAAAUUU